AUUUCUCAACAAGUAACGGAACCGGGGCAGUGGUGAUGCGGCCGGUUGCCAGAAAGUUGUUUUGAGGAAACAAGUUUUGUCAAAGUUUAUGAUUGGAGAUGAGAGGAUGGUUGCAUUGUCUGGGAGGAAGGAGGACAGUCCUCGACCUGGAGACUAAACUUUAUUUCACUGUGCGUCAUGAUUUCGAAACACGGGCCGCCGCCAAGUGACAGGGGAACUUUCGGACCGUUACCGUCGAUUAAACAAACGGGAGUUUAAUGGAGGCGGAAUAAGGCUUUAAAUGAAGAAAUGAAUUUUGGUGUCCCCGCUGAUUCUCUGCUGCUUUUCCGUGCCUGCGAUGAGGGCGACUAUGAGACGGCCCGGGGGAUCCUGGAGCCCGGAGCCCCGAAAGAGUCCGGGCGGCAGAGCAGACUGCGGUCAGAAGCAGGGUCGGAGUGCAACGCCGCGGACAUAUUGUCUCUGGUACCGGUGGACUGCACCGACGAGGAGGGGAACACCGCCCUGCAGUUCGCCUCUGCCAGCGGUCACGAGAACCUGGUCCGGUUUUUGCUCCGAAAGGGAGCCUCGGUGGACAGCCGCAACAACUACGGUUGGACCCCGCUGAUGCAGGCUGCUAGGUUUGGUCACCUGACCGUUGCCCACAUCUUGCUGGAGAACGGGGCAGAGAUUAAUGGACGGAACAGGCUCGGUGCAAGUGUCCUGACAAUGGCGGCCCGUGGGGGACACACUCAUGUAGUCAAACUACUCCUGGAGAGUGGGGCUUAUGUUGAUGACUAUGAUCAUCUGGCUGUGGCUGCAGAGGCAGUCUCCAAUGGCAACAACAAUAACAGCUGCAGCACGGCUGGUUUUGGAGGGGGUGAGGGUUGUCCAGAAGGAGGAGGUGGCAGAGAAUUCAUGGACAUCACUGCCCUUAUGGUGGCAUCUCAGCAUGGCCAUGAGGCCACAGUGCGCCUGCUGCUAGAGUGGGGCUCUGAUGUCAGCUUUUCCCAGAAGACCACUGGCUGGGGUCCACUGAUGGUGGCCACCCUCAGUGGGAAGGUGGUUGUGGCUCAGCAGCUGGUGGAACGUGGAGCUGACCCAGACCGAGUCAAUGUUCUGUCUAAGACAGCCUUUGAACUGGCCAUGCAGCUUAAACAGAGAGACGUCAAGGCCUAUCUGGACUCCAUCACCACUGUUCGACCCCAGACAGACGAUGAGAGAAGAAGACCAGAUGUGUUCAGUGCCCUCAAAUUGGGGAAUUCCCAGCUAGUUAAAGAGAUCUUGGAGGAGGAUCCCACUCAGGUGAAUUCAUCCAACCAGGAGGGAGCAUCACCUCUGAUGAUGGCAGCAGUGAGCGGUCAGUUAGAGGUGGUGCAGCUGAUGGUGGAGAAGAAUGCCGACAUAGACAAACAAGAUGGCGUCCAUGGGUGGACUGCACUAAUGCAGGCCACCUAUCACGGUAAUAAAGACAUUGUCAAGUACCUGCUGAGUCAAGGGGCAGAUGUCAACCUUCGAGCUAAGAAUGGAUACACAGCCUUUGAUUUGGUUAUGCUGCUGAAUGACCCAGACACUGAGUUGGUGCGUCUGUUAGCAUCAGUGUGUAUGCAAGUAGAUAAGGAGAAGUCGAAACACCGCGGCAGAGCCUUAAUGACUCGCUCCAAAAGUCGACAGUCCCUCAACAAUGUCCCUGUGCCACCUGAUGACAAGGGAGGCCUCAAGUCCUGGUGGAGUAGGAUGUCAAAUCGGUUCCGGCGGCUUAAGUUGACUCACACUCUGAGGCAUGGCCUCUCGUCCAAUCGCCUGGCUCCAUUCCCUGAUGAUGCUGAAACUUCACUGGAUGCCACAAUGAAGGCAAAUAGGAAGCCUGGUGCUGUAUCUAAUGGGACGCUGGCACCAUCUCCUGCCCUGGGAGGGAAUGAUGUUAGCGCUGCAUGGGCUGUCAAGAGCAAAGAUACCGGUCUUUGUAGGGCAUCCUCAGAAAAGGAGGACUUCCUAAUAACCACAAUGCUGAGAAGCGGUGCGCCCUUGACCCGGCUGCCCAAUGACAAGCUGAAAGCAGUGAUCCCUCCCUUCCUGCCUCCGUCCAACUUUGAGCCGUGGAACUCGGACCGUUCGCGCCUCCUCAGGGAGGGAAAGAGCGAAGCGCCCCGCCUGCCCAUGCCACCCCAAAGGAAGCUAAACAGCAGUGGAAAUUCAGAUAUUACGUCUAUCAGUCGUGUGGUCAGCAGGUCCAUUAAAUUUCCCAGCAUCCCUAAGGGGCCCUCAUCCUCCUCUCCCUCCAACUCCGGUCACUAUCACUCCCCCCACUCCUCCGGUGGCUCCAAUGGAGUGGCAGGGCUCAACCGGGACUCUCACAACCGUUCAGGGGGGAGUGCAGACAGUGUCCUCUCCCAGAUAGCAGCUCAAAGGAAAAGGGCAGCAGGUCUGAUAGAUGUGAAGGUCCAAGCUCCAGAGAAACAGCACAGCCCAACACAGAGCCAACCCCCACUGCCAGCCUCAGCACCCAGCCUGCCGCUGCCUGAUAUCAGCCUCCCUGACAUCCACUCCCACCCAAGCCUGGUCGCCUCCGAUAUCCACUCAAGAAGGAAGAUGGAGUUGAAGAAGAGGCCACAGUCAGGGAAUUCCUCCACCUCCAAGAGCACGUCACCCACUCUGACCCCAUCUCCUUCCCCAACGCCUAAGCCUCCUACUGGGCCGGGAGACUCUCUGUCCUCAGCCUCUUCUCAUCCUCGCUCCAAGAGCAGUGGAGGCUCCAGCAGUGGGACCAUCACUGAUGAAGAUGAGCUGUCUAGUAUCUUGAAGAAACUGUCCCUGGAGAAGUACCAGCCCAUAUUUGAGGAACAGGAGGUGGACAUGGAGGCAUUCCUGACUCUAACAGAUGGAGACCUGAAGGAGCUGGGAAUCAAAACAGAUGGACCUAGACAACAGAUCUUGGCGGCCAUAUCAGAGCUUAAUGCUGGAAAGGGACGAGAAAGGCAGAUUCUUCAAGAGACCAUCCAUAACUUUCAGUCUUCCUUUGGUAGCAGUGCCAGUAAUCCAAGACAAGCAGGUGAACCACGCUCUCCAACAGGUUGGAUGAGACACCAGGUUCGUACCUCCAACAAGAGGUAACCGGUAGACCUGGCGCCCAUCAGGAAGUUCACCAAAGGUACUUAGAAUGAGAGUAAAAGCUGGUGACCCCUAUCCAAGGAACAAAUCAUAUGGAGUUUCCUGGACGCCAGUGUCCCAGACCACUAGAGGAUGCUGCAACAAAACAAAGCAGGCCCUGAUAAUCUGCCUUAAUAGGACCUUCCAGGAACAAACUGCCUUAAAAUGUUCCUCUUGUGGAUCCUAAAGCAGGGGAGAUGAGACAUAGGCCUAGCUGUCCAGCACCCUGCUGUAGUUUGACAAAAAACGUGAUGUGUGGCUAAUCAUAUUUUUUGCCAUAGUGAGGCGGUUGCCACAUGUAGAGAAAGACAAGAAGAUCAACUACACAGCCAAGGGAGAAUGAGUGUGAGCCCAUUAUUUUAUGUGAACAAAUGUGAGAUACCCAGCAUAUGUAUUGUAAAAGUGGUAAAUUAAAUCAGGAGAAAAGAAGAGAGAGAUUAUGAAUUUCACAAUAAGAUAAAACAGGUAUUAGCUAAUAAUAAUGUGACUGAGACUUGAGAGCUAUUGAAAUGACUAAAAAGGUGCACUGGUGAGGAAAGCAAAUGGAAAAAGAGAAAGGGACAUUAGCCAAGCUGUUUUGUAGUCAUCCAGUCUAUUGGACUGCUUUUACUAGUGUGUUUACGUCUUGAAUUUACGGACCACUAUGUAAACAGAUAAUUUUCAGUCAAGGCUCUGCUGUUAUGAUGAUGCAAUAAGUAAAUGUUUUUUCUACUACUUCAGACCUUGUUGGACUUGAGAUGAAAAGGUAUUGGCAAGAAAAUAUUUUUUGGGAGCGUUUUAUGACUGGUAUAAAUUUAGUUUGAAAGAAGUGCAUUGAGCAAUAGUUUCCACUGAGCCUGCAUCUGGCUCCACCAUUAAACGUUUGGUCCACGUUCAGACAGACGGAGUGCUAUAUCAUCCCUAAAUAUCAGGUACCUACAGUAUAUUCCAUGUCUUAAAUCCAAAUCAUGUGCUGUCGCAGUGUUCAGGAUGGGUCAGUUAAAUAUUAGAUGACAUCAUAUCCUGUUUAGUCAUGUAGUCUGUCGGGGGAAACACGAAUAAACACACUGUGCGCUUUUAAAAAGGACUCUGGAUGAUGAAUCAUGAAACACAGAAAUAAAGUGUGUGUCUAAAAUUAAAUGCUGCAAAAUGAAAUAAACAAACUGAAAAAUACAAACUGUUUUUAUUGGUGCUCGUGUUGAACAGUUGGAAAGCUUGUUUCAGGUCCAGCUUUGCCUGUGUAAAAACUGUACAAACAAAUAAAACUAUGAUGUAAAACCAUCUUUCUUCCACAAGAUGGCAGUGACCUGCUGCUGAUGCAAUAAAUUGUCAGCAUGGUACAGUCCUGCUGUAGUGUGCACUACA